UGUGAUCUCCGCAAUUCAUCCUCAAACCCUCAAAAAGACCAAAACAAGUCAUCAUGCUAAGGCAGCUUGGCUGGCAACGUGCCUCUGCCCGCAGGCUGUCCCCUCGAUGCCUCCGCGGCCUCGCCACAGCGACUGAAUCAGUAGCCUUCUCUCGCAUGCCCCCCUAUCCGAAGAUUGUACGAAACCUAGAGCAGGUCCGCAAGGUGCUGGGAUCAUCGCGCGCCCUGACUCUCGCCGAGAAGAUCCUGUACGCCCAUCUGGACAACCCAGAGGAGUCCCUGUUGACUGGCACCAACAAUGGCAAGGACAUCAGAGGCAAGGCGGACCUCAAGCUGAAGCCGGAUCGGGUGGCGAUGCAGGAUGCUUCUGCGCAGAUGGCGCUGCUGCAGUUCAUGUCGUGCGGACUGCCUUCGACGGCUGUGCCUGCCAGUAUCCACUGCGACCAUAUGAUUGUGGGUGAGCGUGGUGCCGACACGGAUCUGCCCGCCUCGAUCCAGGGCAACCGUGAGGUGUUUGAUUUCCUCGAGAGCGCGGCCAAGCGCUACGGAAUUGAAUUCUGGCCGCCUGGUGCUGGUAUCAUCCACCAGAGCGUCCUGGAGAACUACUCUGCGCCGGGUCUGAUGAUGCUGGGCACCGACAGUCAUACCCCCAACGCAGGUGGUCUGGGCGCCAUUGCUAUCGGUGUCGGCGGUGCCGAUGCGGUCGAUGCGCUCGUCGACGCCCCCUGGGAGCUGAAGGCACCCCGCAUUCUGGGAGUGCGCCUGGAGGGCAAGCUCCAGGGCUGGGCCUCGCCCAAGGAUGUCAUUCUCCACCUGGCUGGCAAGCUGACGGUGCGUGGUGGUACCGGCUUCAUUAUUGAGUAUCACGGACCUGGUGUCGAGACCCUCAGCUGCACCGGUAUGGCCACGAUUUGUAACAUGGGUGCCGAGGUUGGCGCCACCACAUCCCUCUUCCCCUUCUCUCCCAGCAUGAUCCCCUACCUCCAGGCCACGCACCGCGCAGAUGUCGCGGCCGCCGCCGCAGAAGUGGCCGCUGCCGGGCCCCAGAGUCUCCUGCGCGCCGACCCCUCCGCCGAGUAUGACCAGCUCGUGACCAUCGACCUCUCGACUCUCGAGCCACACAUCAACGGGCCCUUCACCCCCGAUCUCUCGGUGCCCCUGUCCCGCUUCGCCGAAACCGUCCGCGAGAAGAAGUGGCCCGAGACCUUUGGCGCCGGCCUCAUCGGUAGCUGCACCAACAGUUCCUACGAGGACAUGACGCGGGCCGAGGACCUCGUCAAGCAAGCCACGGCGGCGGGUCUGCGCCCCAAGGCCGACCUCUUCAUCACCCCCGGCAGUGAGCAGAUCCGCGCGACCCUCGACCGCGACCAGACCCUGUCCACGUUCUCGUCGGCCGGCGGCACGGUGCUGGCCAACGCUUGCGGUCCUUGCAUUGGCCAGUGGAAGCGUACCGACGGCGUCGCCAAGGGCGAAGACAACGCCAUCUUCACCUCGUACAACCGCAACUUCCCCGGCCGCAACGACGGCAACCGUCGUACCAUGAACUUCCUCGCCUCGCCCGAGCUGGUCACCGCACUGACCUACGCCGGCACCACAACCUUCAACCCCAUGACCGACUCCCUGACCACACCGUCGGGGGCAGAGUUCCGGUUCUCGGCACCCAAGGGCUUCGACCUCCCCGCCGGCGGCUUCGAGGACGGCAACCCGGCGUUCCAGCCAUCGGCCGCGAUUCCCGACGCUUCCGCCGCCGUGCAAGUGUCCCCAACAUCCUCGCGUCUCGCGCUCCUCGAGCCCUUUGCGCCCUUCCCCGACUCGGACCUCCAGGACCUCCGGGUCCUCUACAAAGUCCGCGGCCAGUGCACCACGGACACCAUCUCCGCCGCAGGGCCCUGGCUGAAAUACAAGGGCCAUCUCCCCAACAUCUCCGCCAACACGCUCAUCGGCGCCGUCAACGCCGCCACGGGCGAAACCAACGUCGCCUACGACGAAUCCGGCCACAAGCACUCGAUCCCGGAACUUGCCUCGCAAUGGAAGUCCCGCGGCCAGGAAUGGCUGGUGGUUGCCGAAGACAACUACGGCGAGGGCAGCGCGCGGGAACACGCCGCCCUGCAGCCCCGGUAUCUCGGCGGACGCGUGAUCCUGGCCAAGAGCUUCGCGCGCAUCCACGAGACCAACCUGAAGAAGCAGGGCGUCGUGCCCCUGACGUUUGCGGAGAAGGCCGACUACGACAAGAUCGAUGCGUGCGACACCGUUGCGACGGACGGACUGUACGAGACGCUCAAGAACAGCGGCCAGGGCGAGAUCCGCCUCCGGGUCACGAAGCCGACCGGCCAGGAAGUCGUUAUCCCCGUGAAACACACUCUCAGCGCAGACCAGUGCGGGUUUAUUCUUGCGGGAAGCGCACUGAAUUUGCUGGCGAAGCGGGCUUAGCUGCUUUUCUUUACCUCCGACUGUUUCUUGUUUUGAUGUGUCAUGUUAUGUUAUAUAUAUAUAUAUAUAUAUAUAGCCUGUUCUAAUAAAAGCGGUUUUGC